GGACAGGGAGGCCUGGCAUGCUGCAGUCCGUGGGGUUGCAAAGAGUUGGACAUGAUUGAGCAACUGAACUGAACUAACGUAGCGUGUAGCACAUUAAUCCAUAAUUUUAUGGUUGAAAACAUUUAUUUCACAGUUUCUGUGGGUCAAGAAUCUAGGCACGGCUUCGCUGAGUGCCUCUGGCUCAAGGUGUUGCACAAGGCUGCAGUCAAGGUGUUCGAGCUCCAGGCCCCCGCAGGCUGGAGUGAGGAAGGACCUGCUUCUCAGGUCACUGGCAUGACAGUUGUCAGGCUUCAGGUCACUGCCGUCUAUUGGCUGAAGUCAGUAUUCUUUGCCAUAAGAGUCUUCCCAGGUCACAGUGUGGCAGUUAGUGUUCUUUAGUGCAUGAGGGGAUGACAAGACGGAAGCCACGGUCUCUUUGUAACCUAAUUUUAAGAGUGGCAUCCCAUUAUCUCUUUUGCAUUCUAUUUGCUAGAAAAAAAUGUCACUAAAUCCAGUCCACACUCAAGAAGAAAGGAUUACACAAAGACAUGAAUACCAGGAAACUGGGAUUAUUAAGAUCAUUUUAGAAACUGCCUAUCACGCCAAGUUUCCAGUAAUUAUCUGCAGGAUUCGCCAUGACCCCGGCUCUGAGGGAGGCAGCAACAAAGGGUAUCUGCUUUUCAUCUUUAUCAAGUACCAUGGAAUCGGACAAGAUGCUAUGCGUGGAAAGUCCAAGAACUGUAGAUGAAAAGCUAAAAGGAGACACUUUCUCUCAAAUGCUGGGAUUUCCAACUCCUGAACCUACUCUUAACACUAAUUUUGUGAAUUUAAAACAUUUUGGCUCCCCUCAGUCUUCAAAACAUUACCAGACAGUUCUUUUAAUGAGUUCUAACACUACGUUAAAUAAAUACAAUGAGAAUUAUAAACAAAAGAAAUUAGGGGAACCCAACUGCAAUAAGCUGAAAAACAUACUGUGUAAUGGUGGCAAUAUUCAGCUCAGUAAAAUCUGUCAUUCUCGUUCUGAGGAGUUCAUCAAAAAGGAACCUCUGUCAGAUACCACAAGUCCAUGCGUGACAGAUGUACAAAUUAUUUUGGAUUCAAAUGUAACCAAAGACACUAAUGUAGAUAAAGUACAACUGAAAAACUGUAAAUGGUACCAAAAGAAUGCACUUUUGGAUAAAGUUAGUGGUGGUGAGAUUAAAAAGGGUUUAUUGCACCGUGCUCAAAACAAAAUUGGACCUGACCCCUCAUAUGUGCCUAUUAGUUCCUCAGCUGCUGAAAAGGAGGAGGAAGUGAAUGCUCGCUUACUUCAGUGUGUAAGUAAACAGAAAAUUUUACUUAGCCAGGCUAGAAGAACUCAGAAACAUUUGCAGAUGCUCCUGGCAAAGCAUGUUGUUAAACACUAUGGUCAACAGAUGAAAUUUUCUAUGAAACAUCAGUUCCCCAAAGUAAAGGUUUUUCAUGAACCUACCACAAUUUUGGAUAACAGUUUACUUAAAUGCACUGAAAUUAAGCCAGACAUCAACAUAUUGACUGCAGAGACUAAAUUGUGGAAUGACACAAAAAAUGGCUUUGCACAGUGUACGGCUGCAGAAAUCCGAAGAUUUGCACUGUCUGCUACAGGGCUGUUGUCUCAUGUUGAAGAGGGUCUGGAUUCUGAUGCAACUGAUAGCAGCUCUGAUGACGAUUUGGAUGAAUAUACCGUUAGAAAAAAUGUGUCAGUUAACUGUAGUACUGAAUGGAAGUGGCUUGUAGACAGAGCAAGAGUUGGCAGCCGAUGGACAUGGCUUCAAGCCCAGAUUUCAGAGCUAGAAUACAAAAUCCAACAACUAACAGAUGUUCACAGGCAGAUUCGUGCCUCCAAGGGGAUAGUGAUCUUAGAAGAAUGUCGACUUUCAAAAGACAUAUUGAAAAAGCAAGUACAAUUUGCAGACCAGCCAGCUUCCUUAAACACUUCUGGGAAUCCCCAUAUCCCUCAAGAGAGUCAAGAUCCUUUACCAGAACAAGAUUUUGAAAUGUCACCAAGUAGCCCUACGCUGCUUCUUCGCAAUAUAGAAAAACAGAGUGCACAGUUGACUGAAAUCAUCAAUAGUUUGAUUGCCCCUCUCAACUUGUCCCCUACAUCAUCACCCCUCUCUUCUAAAUCGUGUAGCCAUAAAUGUCUGGCUAAUGGCAUUUCCAGGAGUGCUUCAGAGAAUUUAGAUGAGCUCUCUUCCUCCAGUAGCUGGUUGCUUAACCAGAAGCACAGUAAGAAAAGGAGAAAAGACAGGACAAGAUUGAAAUCUCCAUCCCUGACUAUCAUGAGCACGGCCGCUCGAACAAGGCCACUUCAGAGUUUCCACAAACGAAAACUCUACAGAUUGAGCCCAACAUUUUAUUGGACUCCACAGACUUUGCCUUCAAAAGAAACAAGGUUUUUAAAUACCACACAGAUGCCUUGCCUGCAGUCAGCUUCAAUUUGGAGUAGCUGUGAACACAAUUCAAAGUCUCAAAUGUUAACAGAACAUGUAUCAGAGUUAGAUUCUUCUUUCCAUUCUGUUCUAUCAUUGCCAUCAGAUGUGCCUCUUCAUUUUCACUUUGAAACAUUGUUAAAAAAAAAUGAAAUAAAAGGAGAUCUUACUGAAAAUAAAAUUUUAGGAGACUGUAUCAUAUCUCCAUCACCUGUACGUAAUAAUUCUCUGAAUCAAUGGAGAAAUGGAUAUUCCUCUAUAUGCAAGCCUCAAAUAAAGUCAGAAUCUUCUGUGCAGCUAUUACAGGGAAGAAAGAAAAGACACUUGAGUGAAACAGCAAUAGGAGAAAGAACUAGAUUUGAAGGAUUUGCUUUUCGGCGCACAGAACCAGGAUCCCAAGGCAGUUUUACUGCAGUUACUAAUGUCAAUGUUAUAUCAAGAACCCAGAAUUCAUCAUCACAAAGCACAGCGCGGCGGAGACUGCGAAGCGAGAGCUCUUAUGACAUAGACAAUAUUGUGAUCCCCAUGUCGCUAGUGGCCCCAGCUAAACUAGAGAAGCUCCAAUACAAGGAAAUACUUACGCCAAGCUGGAGGAUGGUUGUUCUUCAGCCUUUGGAUGAAAAUGAUAUAGGUGAAGAAGAGAUAGAAAAUCUCUCUGAUGAAGUCUUCUCCCUAAGACAUAAAAAGUAUGAAGAGAAGGAGCAAGCCAGAUGGUCACUGUGGGAACAGAGCAAGUGGCACAGAAGAAACAGCAGAGCUUACACUAAAAAUGUUGAAGGACAGGACCUACUUUUGAAAGACUACCCUUGUGAUUCCAGCGGUGGGCAGCACUGCACAGUGGGGAGCCCUGCUGAGCCUCCUUCAGAGAGCCAGGCUCCCAGCGCACACGGCUCACCUCCACUGAGUCAGAGUCAAGAGGCCAAGUCUUUGUGGUGGGAACGACGGGCUUUUCCGCUGAAGGAUGAAGACAUAGAAGCCUUAUUAUGCCAAGAUGAAAAAAAUGAUCAGGUUGAAAGAUCAAGCCCAGCUUUCCACGGCGAAGCCUUCUGCGCCAGUGUGCCAGAGAAUGGCCACCACCCAAAAAGGCAAGCAGACGGAAUGGAAGAGUACAAACCCCUUGGUCUAGGACUUACUCAUAUGAAAAAAAAUAGGUGACAGGGCACAGGCGAAGAGAACGGUGUAACGAGUGGGAAAACAGGAGAGAAGAGCCAGCCUGUCCUCCAGCCCCUCCAGGCGCAGUUCCAGAGUGUGAGCACAGAGUGCACGCUGACCUUUCAUGCCGUUUAUGAAACAGGCAAGUUAGUUUCAUUUUCCUUCCUGAAGCCACAAGUAAGGAGCUUUUCACUGACCAACAAGUGCUCGUCAUUUGUGUUUGAUGCAGAUCACAAGUACCAGGAAAUUAACUGCUGUAAUUUGCUGUCAAAUCACAUUACUGGGUAAAUAAUUUUUAAACAACUUAUACCCACACGCACACCCCUGUGUAUCAAAGGACAGCUCCUUUUUUUUCUAUACAAAUGGUUAAUCUUAAAUUGCCUCAGAAAUAUAUUAAGAAUAUAAAAAUAUGUGUGUAUAGAGUAUACAUGCAUACAUAUACACACAUCUAAGUAGUUUUAAAAAACAGUGACCACUCCACUUGAAAAAUGCAUGUAUGAAUUAUCCCAUGAAAUAUCAGCUGCACUAUAAAGAAGCACAGAUUUCCAAUGAUAUUGGACAUCUAAAAACAUCCCUUUUAGUAGUCCAGACUUUUAAAAAACAUAUUUAAUAGAAGUUAUUUAUGGAAAUUUCUAUACCAGGUAACAUAAUACUUUAUUUGAAAUCACUGAUAAUCUGUUGGGUUAAACACAGGUUAUUUUCUAUUCACUCCUAACAGAAUAAGAAAAGCAAAGGUGAGUUAAAUAUUAGUGUAUUUUAAAACUAAUCUUUUAAGAUUUGAGCUUUAUGUAUCUCAUAAACACCCCACUUAAAAUGAGCAACAAACAGGAAAUUCCCAUUAGUAUAUUAUUGUACUUGUAGUUCAUUUGGUCACUCCUUACCAUUGCUUCCUCUAUUCAAACAGGCAUCUAUUCUUACUUGUAUCCUAGAGAGAUAAUUAAAAUUCUUAAAAAGUUAAUACUUCAGUAUUGGAUACUGGAGUGUACAUUACGUAAAAUCUCUUUUGACGCUAUUACAUUAUUUUUUCCUAUGUAAAAAUUGAGGACAAUUUAUAUGAAUCACUUUUUCUCAUGUAAAACAGGUUAUUCAAGUUGUAGUACCCAUAUAACUGACAAUCCUAGCCAUCUGGCCUAAUCUGGGGGAUAUGACAGUAAGGUUUUGUUAGAGACUGGAAAUUAUACUAGUCUCUCUAAAGAAAAAAUUUCCAAUUCAAUACUGACAAAUUUUUGCUUGUAGUUUUACUGUACAUUUAUUUUUUAAAAAACAAAAGCCAGAACAAACCCAAGUUGUCCAGGCAAAUAAAUUCAAUUUUUUUUGUCAUGUCUGAUAUUAUAAUCUUCUAUGUAAGUUUUUUAAUUAAAAAGUUAUUUCUAUA